AUGACUUGCAGCUUGAUAGGGAAUAUCUCCAAGCGCUUCAAUGAGGACUCACUCACUAAUCUAAACAUUGCAGCCGCAACAGUGAGGGCCAUGGCGAACAGAUCUAUGACAUUGGAAAUGCUGUUGAAGUUCUUCAAGGAUUUCGAAAAGAUCGGUGAAAUAGCGAGUCAGUCGAGCACUACACAGGAUGUGGUUGAGAACGUGAUCAAACCACAGACCGACAGGCGUGGGGCGUGCUAUGCCGAAUUCUUCCACAGCUUUGAUCCGGAAUAUUAUGUCGUGCAUUGUUGGAAGGCCUUGUUCUCCGACCUGCUUCUGGCUUUGGCUACACAUGCCUCUGGAUUCACCCAGCCAAAGUUGGACCCAAGCCAUGAGCAGUACGUUCGGCGCCCUGAAGCGUUGCAAAGGCGAUACUUUGUGGAUGCAUUCUGCAUUGACCAAGUGCGGACAUUUCCCCAAAAGCAUCCCCGCUGCGAGACCGACAAAUUUGACUUUGUCCUCAAGCAAAUGAGUCGCCAAAAAACGAAGCUGCUGGUCGCCAUGGAUCGGGACCACACACCAAUGGCCAGGACUUGGUGUUUGACAGAAGUGUGCUUUGCAAAGCUCGCCAACGUACCUGUCCUCAUCAGCUUUGGUCCGAUCAGGCCAAUGCCACGAAGACGCAAAGGCAUGUCUUUUGCGAAAGCUGGAGCUUCAUUGGAGAUUGACAUGGACCUUCUUCGAGAGGAGCUCAUGCAGCGCGGGCCAGGAACAGGGGAGAAGUUCGAGAAUGAUGUUGUGGAGCCUUUGGAAAAGCAGGCCAUUCAGACGUACAAAGCAAUCUAUGAGACCAUGCCUGUGGAACAGAAAGAGGACUGUGAUUGGGUCAAGGCACAGGAUGACGCGCGUGAGGACAUGAAAAUGUAUGAUGAACGUGGCAUUGCAGAGGAGAUGCGAGUUGCAGUCGAAGCUGGUAUUGCUGCUCAAGUUGAGGACACCUUCAUGGAACCAAUGCGAAGACGGCUGGCAAUACAGGCUCUGCCCACACUCCUUUGCCCACACAGGCCAUUGAGGACAUGCAGAAGCGCCUCUAUACCACCUCCGUACCUCUUGGGUUCUCGAAAAGGAGAAGGACAUUUGCUUCGGCAAGUCUCACAGAAUGGUCAAAGGUGA